CCGGGCGGCCCGCGGUAUUCUCGCACGCAGCUUCCCGGGCCCAGCAGCCGCCUCGGUGUGUGGCGCUGAGGCAGGCACACAAAAGAGCGGCUGCAGCUGCCCCCGCGUCCCCGCCGCGGCGCGGGGUGGGGACCGGCCCCGCCGCUGCCAGCAGGGUAAUUGCUUAGAAAUGAUUGUCGUAUGAGGAGCUGGCUAUGGCAAACAGGAAACGUCAGAGCACUACAGCCAGCAUGCUGCAUCACAGAGUGAGAGCUUGCCCUGCUUCAGCGCACAGCAGGGAGCCCGAAAAUGAAGAAAGUGACCUUCCUAUUGAAGACUAUGCAGCCAAGGAGGCAGAACUAGCAACUGUCAGACAAGGUAGCCCUACACCUGUGGAACAUGAGUGCAAUGAUCAUAGUGGAGAUGGUGACUCCAGCUCUGACUAUGUGAAUAACACCUCUGAGGAGGAGGACUAUGAUGAAGGCUUGCCAGAGGAAGAGGGGAUCACAUACUACAUUAGAUACUGUCCGGAGGAUGACAGUUACCUGGAAGGAAUGGACUGCAAUGGGGAGGAGUAUGCUCCCCACGAGGAACACCAUGUUGAAACAGAUGAGUGUCAGGAAGCUGUAGAAGAGUGGGCUGAAGGUAAAAUUCAGCACCAAGAUGCAAAUGAGGUGACAGACAGGCAAGAGUGGCAGGAAGGUCAAGAUAAUGGCGUGCAGAUUUUGGAGGAUGAAGCAUCAUCUUUGGAGAUUCAAGACCAAGAAGAAAACAUACAGUACUGUCAAAGUGAAGGUGGCUAUCCGGACUAUUACCCAGAGGCUAAUGGAAACUCACAGGCAAUAUCACCAUACCAUUCUAGAAAGGAAGAUGGAGAGCUGGAAGAGCAGGAAGAGGACAUUGACCAGAUUGUAGCAGAAAUCAAAAUGAGUAUGAGCAUGAGCAGCAUUAAUAGUACAACAGAAAUGAGUCCAGAGCACACUGGGACUGAAAACAUGGCACACGACUAUAAAGAGACUUGUUCAAAAGGAGAAGCUGUUCACAGUGCUAACAGGCAUGAGGGGAGGCCAAAAUCACUGAAUAUCCCAUCUGCCUCUAAGCACAGUGGAGAUGUUCCUAGAAGUUUUAAAGCAAAGUCAAGAACCCCAGAGGACAGACAGAAGUGGCCACAAGAGCAGAUGUGCAAUGGUUUAGAGCAGCCAAGGAAGCAGCAGCGUUCAGACCUCAAUGGACCAGUUGACAAUAACAAUACACCUGAGACAAAGAAAGUGUCUUCCUUUCCAAGUUUUGUUGAUGUUCCAGGACCUUGUGAACCUGAAGACCUCAUCGAUGGAAUCAUCUUUGCAGCCAACUACCUGGGCUCCACGCAGCUGCUCUCCGAGCGCAACCCUUCCAAAAACAUCCGCAUGAUGCAGGCCCAGGAGGCGGUGAGCCGUGUCAAGAGGAUGCAAAAGGCGGCUAAAAUCAAGAAAAAAGCGACUUCAGAGGGAGAUUCCCAGGCCUUGACUGAAGUGGAUCUAUUCAUCUCCACACAGAGAAUCAAAGUUUUAAACGCAGACACACAGGAGACAAUGAUGGACCACGCGCUGCGCACUAUCUCCUAUAUCGCUGAUAUCGGUAACAUCGUGGUUCUGAUGGCGCGCCGCCGCAUGCCGAGGUCGGCUUCUCAAGACUGUAUUGAAACGACACCUGGUGCCCAGGAAGGAAAGAAGCAGUACAAAAUGAUAUGCCAUGUCUUUGAAUCAGAGGAUGCACAGCUGAUAGCUCAGUCAAUUGGUCAGGCUUUCAGUGUGGCUUACCAAGAGUUUCUAAGAGCCAACGGAAUUAACCCAGAGGAUCUCAGUCAGAAAGAAUACAGUGACAUCAUCAAUACCCAAGAGAUGUACAAUGAUGAUCUUAUACACUUUUCCAAUUCAGAAAACUGCAAAGAGCUCCAGCUAGAAAAACAGAAGGGAGAAAUUCUUGGGGUAGUGAUUGUGGAAUCUGGAUGGGGAUCCAUUCUACCCACCGUUAUCCUGGCUAACAUGAUGAAUGGAGGCCCUGCAGCCCGUUCAGGAAAACUAAGCAUCGGAGACCAAAUUAUGUCCAUUAAUGGGACCAGUUUAGUUGGUCUACCUCUUGCAACAUGCCAAGGGAUCAUAAAGGGUCUCAAGAACCAGACACAAGUCAAACUGAACAUUGUCAGCUGUCCUCCUGUUACCACUGUCCUCAUUAAACGGCCAGACCUGAAAUACCAGCUGGGCUUCAGUGUACAGAACGGAAUUUCUAGGAAAAAAAAUAAAUCAGGCUGCUAACACAGAAAACCACAUCACAAAGGACGGUGGGCUCUGGUCCCCUGUUCUGUGAAACUCAUCGAUUGAAGUUGCCAGAUUUCUGUUUGCCACCCUGGGAGGAGUCGCAGGUAACUCUGUAGGAUACGAUUUAUGGGUCUUACUGUGCUUUAGCAAACAGAUGGCUCGUUGGUGGAGUUUCAGCUCUGCUAGCCAUCUCCAAGUUAUUACCGUACCUGAGUUUUAAAUGUCCCUGCCUAAGAUCUCAUCUCAUGUUGUGGACACAGUAGAGCUGGUCUAAAGAACGCUGCUGCAAGCCUUGGUCCAGCUGGAAGCGCUCUGAAGUGGUAAUAACUACUACAGGCUGACAUCCUUAACAAGCCGAGGUUUAAAGUAUUUGUCAUGAUUGGGAUUAAUGCUCGAGUAGAGAGAGGUCUGUGAAAACAUACAGAAAAAUCACGUGUUGUGUAUUGCUGUCCUCUUUGCCUGCGCUUAACCCCCUUGCACCUGUCCAUACGGUUAUUGCUGGUAGUUCACUCUGUGUGAGCAAAUCCCGAGUCUCGGGAUAAAGAGGAUGAAAGGGAUGGGAUCUGGUUUUACAAGCUCUCACAGAGGGUGCCGAGAACAGCAUAUCACACUCAAUGAGGCAUUGAUUUAUUUCCUAAUUGCUUUCCUUUGUAAAUCUAGUAUGUUCAGCUGGUGCUGCGAUAAAAAGAGGAAAACGUAUUUAAGGAGCAAUGAGCGAUACUGUGCUGUGUUUGUCAGGUCUUUUAGGAGGCCUGUCACAGCGUUGGUGGAGGUUGGGUCAGGGCAGGGGGAAGCAUCAGGCCAAGGUAGAACAGCAGCAGCAUAACGUUUCCUCGCGUGGCUGGGGCAGUGACGAGUCUGUGGGACGAUCUAUUCUGCUUCUCCCAGCUCAUCAUCUACAUAGUUAGAGCCUUACUCAAGUGAAUCCUGCAGACGUGGUGGGUUUCUUUUGCAGCGUGCUCACUCCAUCUGCUGGUCCUUUGUCACACUCACCGCACUGCGCCAUCAUCAUUCGUUCCAUUUACAUCAGCAGCAUUUAGAUGACACCCAAUAUAAAGUUUACCAGAUUCAGCAUAAAGAUCCUUCUCGGAUAACAAAAAAAGAAAGCCUUGUAAUACAUUUCAUUUACGAAGAGUCCGUGUUUGAAUAUCAAAGCCAAUCAACAAAAAAGAGAGAGUAACAUCUUUUGUUAGGCUGCCGCUACAGACAGGCUCGUAGGGCUGUAAAUCCUUGUUUGGAUAAAGUCGAUCUUACUGCACCUAACGUUGGGAAAUGUGACUCUGAAAAGUCUGUCUCCCUGGCAGUUCAACACUGAACUUCUAAAAAGCUGUUUUGUAACUGCCAGCAAGUUACAAAUUAAGAGAGGAUUCAGAAAUAACAUCCUUGCUCUUCAUUGGCUCAGCGUUAGCGCAGCACAGAAAUAACUGGUUUGCCAAAACGGCUGUAAUGGAGUAUCUCCUCCCGCCAUGCCAUCGUCAUGCAUGCACAUCAUGCACGUCACGCAUGCAGCUGGCACUGGUGUCCUGCGCCUCCAUGACAGUGGUUCUGCGGUGGCUGCUCUUUGCCCUGCCUCUCUCUGCGUGAGGCGCACAGCUGCUGCCCAGUGCAGCCCAUCAACAGCCUGGGGACACCGGUACCACCUGCGCCGGGUUUGCUGGUGCCAGGGUAUCAGGAAGGUGCAGAGACCAGGCUGCUGCAGGUGACGCUUUUCUUUGGAUAUUCUGUGUCGUUUAAUUAAUGCAAAGCCUGAAGUUGUGCUUCAUGGAGCACCGGUAGUGCCAGCUUUUGGGAGUUCUCCUUAGGGAACAGCACAGCAGCAUAAAUCAGUGUUAAUUUUGCAAAACUCCCCUUGCACUAAUGAUGCAAAUACUCUUCAUGGCUCUUGAAAGCUACCGAUGUAGUUUCAUUGCAAAACCACAGCAAUCCUGGGUGAAACUUAACAGAACAGCCAGCUCAUGCUUUCUUCCUUGCCUUCAUUUAUAUUUAUUUAAACUGUCUGGGGAAAAAUAUACAAGGUUUAAAUAGAGUAAUGUAGGAGUGAGAUGAGGAGAAACGUGGUUUAAUAGGUUAUAUUUAAGGCAUUUACACAGAAUAAACAGUUAGUUUGCCUUGCACUCUUCCGUCCGUAAGGUUUGCUGCACAGCGGGCAGUUGCAAUAGAACUGACCGUGAAGCUGCUGAAGUUUCACCUCUGACGCGCUGCAGCUUGUCUAAGGCACGUUACAGAACCUGUAACAGCUGAACAGAUUGAACUAGUAUGGUUUACACCUUUUUUUUUUUUCUUAUUCUUGUUUGUUU